GACCCGGGCAGCACCUGCUGCUCGCGGGCCGCGGGACCUUCUUCGCACUCUGCAAAGGACAGUUUCCGGCCUGGUUGCUGAGGGUCCCGCUGCCGCCGCCCCCCCACGGUGGAAAGCACUUAUUCUCCGCUCUUUUUCAGCAUUCCAGGUCUUUCCCGCUUCUCUGCCCAGUAUGGCCCGAAACGGCAGGAGAAGAGCCUCUCCUGACUCGACCGCGGGGUGAAAGAAGGAUUCUGCAUGAAGAUGGAUUCGCGACUUCCCGGGACCCACCCGCCUCAGGCAUUUAAAGUUCGCCUGCCGCUCUUAUUUAAAGAGGGCUUAGAACACCCUCGUCUGUUAGGCAGGCCUUCCUUUUCUCACUUUCCAGGCGAGGACUCACGCCUGCACAGAGACUGCGCCUGAAGGUGCAGGCCAUGACAAAGUCCACCGAGCCACGGCUUCCCCUGGUUGUCCGCCCGUGAACAAAGAACUACCGUUUUCUCCUUUUUGCAGAACUUUAUUUCCCAAAGAAGCUCUGGAGGCCUUUUGUAUCCUCAACAGCAGGCGUCAUCAAGUCAGUUACCUUCUGUCUUUCAGCCUACAACCUCAUCCACCUCUCUCACCACCCUGAGCGCCAGUUUUCUCACCCUGCUCAUUCCACAGCCAUCUCACGCUGUCUUGUCCACACUGCACAUUCCUGAAUGUCCAUUCGUCUCCACCACCUCUGUCAUCUCUAGACCACCUCCUUCUGCUUUCCUGCUACAAUGCUUUGGGUAGCUAAAUAUUUCAUCUUCUCCAGCCCUGGACUCAUUUGGAAGAUUUUCUCUGUUCCUCUGCACUAUGGCAAGCUUUCUGUCUUGGGGAAACUAGAGACGAGACUGGAGAAGCGUGCAUUGGUGGAAAACUAUGUAAACCAUGUCUGUAACUUACCAGAGGAAAGAGAAGCGUUUUCUCAUGGUUAUGGAAAGGAAAACAGACAGCUUAGACGUCAGUUUAAAGAACUCCAACUCAAGCAGGAAGUGCAAAUAAAGGAGGUUGAAGAAAUGUUGUAUCAAGAAGGCUUGUCUGAAAUAGCUCUGAGCAGCCCCCAUGAACAGAUUGCACACUCACUCAUGGAAAGAAGUACAGUCUUGAGGAAACUGGAACUUGGGGACCCCAAGCCCGAGUCACAAAGACGUACAAGCAGUAACCUACAGAAAGAAUUUUCCCAGGAGAAAUCUGAACAGAUCCACCAGCCUCUGCAAAGAGGAGAUCAGAAACAUCAAGAACCUAAGCCUCAUUCUAAAAAAAACCAGAGUGAGUCCCAUAAUGAAGACCUGGAAAAAGAUAAAAUAUCACAAAACUGCCUAGAGAGAGAUAUGGAACAAGUAUCAGAGAGAUUAGGGAUGGCCCAAGAAGAGGUCCAAAGGCUCACUGAUGAACUACAAGAGAAGGAGAAAGAACAGAAUAAAUUAGAUUCUGCACUUGAGAAGUCUCAACUAGAAAUCGAGAAAUUGAAAGAAAAUUUGAUGAAGCUGAAAGAAAAUGAUUCACUUGACCUACGAAAAGCAAAGGAACAUAAUCAGAGGCUGGAUGAGGAAAUUCUGGCUUUAAGAAAUCGGGUUAGAUCACUUGACUCAGAAAAAAGAGUGCUUGGAGAAGAGGUUGAAAGGCUUAAAGGAGAAAUUUGUGAAUAUCAAGAGAACAAGCAACUGGGAAACCACUCUCCUGGAAAAACUGUGGGUACUGAACGGAAAGUAGAGUAUCCAUCAUCUGGAGAAAAACUGAAACACCAGCAGCAAGAAACACUUCACCAGAAUUUGCACCGGCUCCAGGUUCUAUACAACUCAGCUGAAAAAGAGCUUCGAUACGAGCGAGGAAAGAACUUGGACUUAAAGCAGCACAAUAGCUUACUUCAGGAAGAAAACAUUAAGAUGAAAAUUGAACUAAAGCAAGCUCGGGAGAAGUUAUUAGACAGCACAAAGACGUGCUCCUCACUCACGGCAGAGUGGAAGCACUGUCAGCAGAAAAUCAAGGAACUGGAGCUGGAAGUACUUAAACAGGCUCAGAGCAUUAAAUCACAGAACAACCUGCAGGAAAAGCUGGCUCAGGAGAAAUCUAAAGUUGCUGAUGGAGAGGAAAAGAUUUUGGAUCUGCAGCAGAAAUUAGAACAUGCUCAUAAAGUCUGUCUCACAGACACUUGCAUUUUGAGGAGGAAGCAGCUAGAGGAGAGGAUAAAGGAAGCAAUGGAAAAUGAAGCUAAAAUGAAGCAGCAGUAUGAGGAGGAACAGCAGAAGAGGAAACUCCUUGAUCAGAAUAUGAAUGAGCUACAAAAGCAAGUGAAACUCCUACAGGAUAAAGAGAAUCAACUGGAAAUGACCAGUUCUCAGCAACAAUCCACAAUUCAGCAACAAGAGGCCCAACUUAAACAACUGGAAAAUGCAAAAAGAACAUCUAAUGAGCAUCUCAAGAGCAACCAGGAACUGUCAGAGAAGCUGUCUAGGCUGCAACAGGAGAAGGAAGCUCUACAUCAAGAAUACAGGAAAGUUUUGAACCAGCUGGAUGUCCACGUGAGAAACUAUCACGAGAAACAUCACCACCAAAAAGCCAAGCUUCGCAGAAUCAAGGAUCGUUUAGUUCAUGAAGUAGCACUACGAGAUGACAGAAUUAAACAACUUGAAAAUGAGACCAGAGCCCUGUGGCAACAAGUGGAAAAGGAGAAGGUGUUCCAGGACCAGGUCAUUGCCCAGAAUGAUAUCCUGCUCCUAGAAAAAAGUAAACUCCUGGAGCAACUCACCGAGCAAGAAGAACUAAUCCACAGCAACAAAGGGGUAAUAUCUUCAGUCCAGAGCAGAGUACUUUUACUGGAUAAAGAAAACAAGCAGUUACAGGAGAACAGCCUCCAGCUCGUGCAGCAGGUUGGCCUCUUAGAGCGCAUCAUAAGGAGCAUCCAGAUCCGCAGAGGAGAGGAAACAACAAUUAGUGACAUCCCUGGAUCUGAAGCAUUGAAUAAAAUCGUGCCCUUACCAAACUCUAGUUUUUCAGGAACAGAUUUGGUAGAGUCGGCUGGAAGUCUUCAGGAGGCUGAAGAACACAAAUCAGAAGAAGCAAUGGCAAACCCCAAGUCCCUCAAAUCCCUUUUGCGUUCACAGAUUUCUGAAGCAGGUUACAUAAACGUGGCUUCUCUGAAAGAGACACAUCACAUCAAAGAAUGAAACCAGAAGUCAGAACUAUAGAAUCACUGGUGUCUAAAACUAAACUGACUGAAGCUGCUAACUUAAAGCUGGGGCAUGAAGGUGGAGCCUGACUUGUAGAAGUUAUGACAGAGCCUCACUGGACAGCAACCAGGAGUCUUCAGAAUUGCUGAUGAAUUCAUUAAACGUGUUCUAAAAAUGGA